CACGUUCAUAGGAGCGGAAGUCAAGUACACAGAAUCAGGAUCGGAAGUAAUUCCAGUGGCCGAACUCUGUCAUGGUAUUGUUAGUCGAUCUGCUGAAUAAUAAUUGACAUUCGGUAUAUUUACACGGUCACGAUCGCAAAGUGUCAAUAUCUUUCCGGAUGGAAUGGAAACGUCACUCGGUAGCUUUAACUCCGUGACAUGGUGUUCGUUCAGUAUUUGCCGUGAAUCUAUGCCCGUGACUUCAUCCUCGUUCCACAGAGAAAAUGGGCUGUGCAGCUAGCAGAUCAUCGUGCAAGAAGGGUGGUAUUCGAUUAACGGCUACGAGGCUCACUUUCACCAAAGGUCAGCUGUGCAACCUGAACACAUAUUUCCGUAAACUGGUCGACGAGGCUGAAAACGAUGUCUCUAACCCCGUUUUUGCGAUCGAAGCCACAGUGGAAAAAUUGAUUCAACGUUUAGUGCGGGGUGCAAGCGCUCUCGAUCCAAGAUUCUCGUCCAUGUUCCUCGUUUCGUUGAACGAGCCACGACGAAUGAAGCGACUCAGGUUCGAGUAUCUGUUACGGAUAGAUGCAUUGUCGAGCUCGAGUUCAAAUCGUCCCGAGCAGGGAAUCGCGAUCGAGGAAGAUGCGUCUUCACCAGGCUUCAUUCAUUUAAAGAUACUUAGCCUCGAUGAUAAGGAAAUUUGGAGGGAGUAUGUGGACGUCGCGGGAAGGUUGAGAAGGGAUCUCGUGAAAGCGAAAUUAGCAAAUUUAUUAGCCGCAGCUAUAAAACAUGAUACCCCGAUUGAUCCGGAAGACGACAGAGUUUGCGUUUCACCUGGCCAAGUAGUCGACGCCGAUAUCCUCGAUAAAAUAUUGAAACAGCCGGACCAUUGCCGGAUAUUCUACGGCCCAGGUAUUUCGAACGAAUCGUUGCCGAGGAGGCGUAAUCGGGUGGCCAUGAUCGAAGACAGCGAGGGGAUAUUGGUCAGAAUCGGCGUGGACGGUGUCAAGCGUGGCGAGGUCGAGGUCAGAUUAUUAAUCGGGAUCGGAUUGUCGUCGUGGCCCGCCUCGGCGGAUUAUCCUCAACGAAUACCACUCUAUCAUUGCGAUGCUCUCCUUCAUUACACCGCAGCGCAAAGCGGUAUGUACGCGGUGGCCGUUGGCCCGUAUUCCGGCGCACGUUGCGAGAACCGAGCCACUCUGUGGAGGGUGCGGGUUCCGGCGGCCGAGAAAAUUAUGAGCCAACACUACGCCUCCGACAGUGUGCCUUCCCUCACCGAAUCCGUGCUCCUCGAAAUUUUGUACGAGCUACGGGAAGGCGCAGGUGAACAUUUUUCUCAGGUGAAAACGGAGCUUGGAGCUCGGUCGUCAGAGGUCGCGCGUCUACGAGUAGUCUCCAGACACAUCUUAAGAACGGUGCACCGUUGGAGGCUGGAAAGGGGCGGACCGGAUCCGUUGACGAGCUGGGCGCCCGAUACCCUCUCGCGUCACGUUCUAUUAGCGCUGGACGAGUUGGUCGCCGCUCUGAAAUGCCAGAGCUUGAGGUGUUACCUUCAUCCACGGUGCAACGUGAUGCUGCAAUGCGUGAGAGGUGGAAUACCGCAUCACGAGGAUUCUUACGCCUCCGAUUGCCGAUCGUUGGAAUCAUACUUGGAAACGCUUCGCUCUUACUCCUUCUCGAUAACGGGUGGCGUGGCCAGGCCAGUGGAUCUUAUGGAGAACGAGCUCAUCGUUGGAUGGCGCGAGAUCAUGGCCGCGUUGCCCGGAAGACGAGCCCGGUCGAGCAACGACGAUUGUCACGGGUACAGCGAGAGGCAGUUCGAGUAUCUGACCAUGAUCGUGGAACAGGCUCUGGGCGCAAAGGACGCUUUGUCGCAGUUUACUUUCCACGUAGGCGAUUCGGAUAAUCGCAGCUGCUCGAACUUGUCGUAUUGCGCCACGGAACGGGUGGAAAGUCUCGUGUUCCUGUUGAGGCUGGUUUCGACGCAGGCUUGGGCUCGCGUGGUAACGGAACGAGAGACGCGCGAUCGUUGCGCGGAGUCGAGGAGGAAGAGGCGUUGGGCCGGUCGCUUCGAUUACUCGGUCGGGCUUUUGAUCGAUGCCGUUAGAAAGGAUCGAGAAACGGACUUGGAAUCAACGCGUGUGAUGACCAAGAUGCUUCUGCAUUGGCUGCACUUGGGCAUGGACAACGAUCGAAAGAUCCUCGAGCCUGUUCUGCGUCCGUAUUUGGACAAUCUUUUCAACGGUACGCGGGAGCACGGUUGGCUGGCUUCAUCCUGGAGGACGAGGCAAGAAAUUUGGCGUGGCGAGAUGGGAUCGUUGUCGAUGUUUUGCAAAUCGGUGGUAACCGAGGAAAUUACACCCGGCCACGGGAUCGUGGAUUACAUGUCCAAGGGGUGGCGUUGGGCCGAAAAUAUGGCGAGGAUGAUCGAACGUUCGGGGAAUUGUUUGCGCCUGAUUUUCCUCCCAGGGGACAAAGCGAUUAAAUUCGAUCUAACGUUUGCGGGGAACAAAGGGCCCAGCUCGUUCUCAACGUGGAGCAAGGUUAGAAGUGUCAGCACGAUCACGAGGAGGAGGAGGAGGAGCGCAUAUCCCAGAGCCAGCGAGUUAUUCGAUUCUCUGACGGGAUCGCAGAGUACACCGUCUGACAAUAAUGGGGUUGCAGGACACACGGAAUUGAGGGAUGCCAGCCCUUUGACGUAUGUCGCGUCGAUGAGCAGGUCCCGAGCUCGACACCGCGGACCCGGCGAUCUAAUCUCCGCCAUCGUCUCCCUCGGCAAAUUCAGGGUUGUGCAAGAAGCGGCCGCCUUUUUGCCACGAGAGGAGCGAGUGGUCGUGUUGGACGCGGUGCAACGCGUGGCCAGAGAAUUCUCUCGCCGCUCGAGGAAGACCGGAAGCGUGUACACAUCCAACUCGCCGAGACAGCUUUAUAGACCGAGGCCGGAGUCGGAUCUCUUGGAUUCACCCCCGCCAUUAUCGCCGGAAAUAAGGGAGCGGCGAAUCAUCGCCGAGCAUCAAAAGCAGCUCGAGAAGGAGAUACAAGAAAUGCACGACACUUUGAGACGCAACGCGAUGAGGAGGCAGCUCUCUUCCUGCAACACCUGGGACUCGAAUUCGUUAUCCUCUUUCAACUCAUCGAUAGAUUCCAUAAUGGGAACGAUCACGCUUAGAAGAUACCGCACACCGCACAUUUGGGAUGCCAUUAAAGGAAAUUCGCCGGCUCGGUCGAGUUUACGCGAGAAUCAUAACACGGGCGAAAGUAAAUUCAACACGGAGAUGAUCAGUCGGGAGGAGUCACCGACGUGGAGUACGCGGAUCGCUCGAAGCAAGGAAUUGGACUACGCCGAGUCGAAGAAUGAAGACGAAUUGCCAUCUUGGGACACGCUCGAGGCGACUCUGAACAGAAGGCUGUGUAAUUACGGGAACGUUCUGCCGGAAUCCUUGGAAACGGACGAAAGUGUUGGGAAAAAAGUACGGGAAGACGCUGGAAAAUCACUUUUCGUCCCGAGGCGAGAACGCUUUUAACACGCGUUGUUGCUGUUGUGCGUUUCAUCGAUCGUGGCCCGAUAUCCAAGCUGCGAAUACGAAACAUCGAUGAAUAGUUUGCGUGCUUUUGCAAAAUCGUCAAAUAAAUCGUUGCGUUUCGAGUGUUAUAUGUUUAGUGGGAAGAUGGUUGUAUCGGGCUUGUUCAUCCCGUCGAUGAAACUCGAUGGAAACUUAACUCUCGCAGACAACGGGUAACUUCACGCCUCGAAAGUGCUCUCGUUUAUUCUCGUAAGUACAUAACGAUUACACACGGUGACUCUGUAACCUCUCGUAAAACUCGAUAGUGGAAAUUGGAACAUCGAUAGUUUAAAUUUUAAUCCGAACGCUCGAAAAUGAUCCAAGUAUUUUAGUUUCGAUAUUUCGAUAGUUGAUUAAGAAACAUCCACGUGUAUUUAUCUCUUCGUAUUUAUCUCUGAAAAAUCUCGUAGAUUAACCGAUGGACCGAUACGACGAAAGUAAAAUUCGCCUGCAAUCUCUUUCAUCGAUCUUCGCCACCUACGGCUACAUGGCCGUACAUUUUUAUUAAGGAUUCCUUAAUAAAGGGAUCCUUUCGUUUCUCUCGGUACGAAAUUUUUCUCCUAGUAUUUUUAUCUAAUAUGGCGUUGGCAAAGAAUAGAAAGUCGAGCGCGUAUCCAACACGUGGCGACCAACCUUUACGCCAAUCCACGGAAGGAAGUCGAUUUGUUUCGAUAAAUAAAUAAAUCACUUUCCCCUUAUUAUUUAUUCGUAUAUUCGGUUGGUUUAUUCAUAACCGCGAUUUACAUUGUUCGCUCACAUCCGCCAUUUGUUCGUUCGCCUUUUUUUCGUUUUGUUGGCGGCGCAUAAAUCAACGGCGUUGAUUCAAUUCGAGAAAUUUUCUAACAAUCGUUUCGAAACGAGAUUUGAUAUACGGGAAAGUUUGGCAUUCGGUUCGGUCAACGCGAAUUUAACCCGAAUUUGGGAAAACGUGGGAUCGAGGGUAAUUGGAAGUAGACAGACGUAGAGGUUCUCUAUGAGGCCGCGUUUCGAUUAACUGAAUGU